GGAAUAUCUGGUGGAAUCAGUGUGUAUGGACGGUCGUGCGACAAAAGCCGUGAUCCUUUGGUGUAAUCGCUUACUCCGUUCAUAUCUGCGUUUUAGCAGUUGAGAUAAUGAGGUCGAAAUUCUUCACCGACUGUCACUCAGUUUCAGACUCGCCGCAUUCUUGGAAUCAUAAAUCCACUAUACCCCCGCCGAAUACAGCUGUACCGUAGCUAUGAGAACUUUCAACUUUUGUUCUUGCUCACAGUUUUUACGCCACAAUUAUAUUGAAUUCUACCUGCCACCUGCGCUCAGCAACUCGAGAUCAUCAGCCAUCACACUUCCACUUCCAACAUCACCUCCAACUUCACCUCAACUUCACCUCCGACUUCACUCCAACAACCACAUCAUCACCAUGUCCUACCCCCCACCCCCCGGCACCUCCGGUUCCUCUCUCCCUCCUCGCCCCCCGCCCUCAGUGAAUGCCUUCACGCGCUUCGCACCGCGCCAGGUCGCGUCCGCCCCCCACCACAGCGCGCCGCCUACACACAGCUACGGUGCGGCACCGGCUGACUACAGCAGCGGGUACGCGCCGCAAUUCACAGGCUACGUUCCGCCGCCCAUAUCAUCAUACUCGUCGGCGCAGGGCUCCUCCGCACCCCACAUCGUCAAUCCCUUCCCUUUGCCUGGCGUCGGCGGCGGCAACGGAGGACGGAAACAUGCCGAUUCGAGAUAUGCAGACCUGGAUCCGGAGCUGCAGGCGCAGAUCGCACAGCAGCAGAGUAUCUACGACCCCAGCAACGCGGAGAAUCUGAAGGCGAGAGCGGCGCCGAAGCCGCCGGUUGAUGUGCCCGGAGCGAGUGGGGCCGGCGUGGCGGCGGCGGGAGCAGCGGGGGCAGGAAGGAAUAGUGCGGCGGCGAAGGUGCCGACGGUGGUAAGGCAGGGUGGUGGUCAGACUUGGCAGGACUCGACGCUGCUUGAGUGGGAUCCGUCGCACUUCCGGUUGUUCGUGGGAAACUUGGCUGGAGAGGUCACGGACGAUAGUCUGCUCAAGGCGUUCUCGAAGUAUCCGAGUGUCAAGAAGGCGAGGGUUGUGAGGGAUAAGCGCACGACCAAGUCGAAAGGGUACGGGUUCGUUGCGUUUGCGGACGGUGAUGAGUAUUUCCGCGCUGCGAGGGAGAUGCAGGGGAAGUAUAUUGGCAGUCAUCCUGUGCUGCUGAAGAGGAGCAAUACGGAGAUCAAGCCGGUGGUCGUCGGUGGGAACAAGACGAAAGGCGGAAGGGUGGACAAGAACAAGAACAAGAAGAAGGGCAAAGGAAAGGGCGCGGAGAGGAAGGUUCUGGGGUAAGAUCCCGAUGCUUUGGAGUAGGGAAAAGAGCACAUACGAGAGAUCCUGCAGACAUUUUCUAAUGAGAUCUCUUCGGAAGAGCGGUGGGCGGGAAGCGGAUAGGGCGACGAGGCUGCGUCCUGAUAGCUUGAUGCACACAAGAAGGUACUUUGUUUCCUGUUCUUUUUCUUUUCUGGUGUUGUUAAAUGGCAAUGGGUGUUAAAACUUGGGUGGCAUAGAAUCAUGAUUUUGGUACGUGUUGCUCUAU